AUGGCCGCUAAAUCGGAUGGAGCAGCCGUGUCUGUGCAGAGUGAGACCCAGUCUCGCUGUCUAGUCGCCCCGGAAGAGCGCCCAGCUCCGUACCAACAUGUCGGGAAAAGUUACUCGCUCCUGGAUUGCUGCUGGGUGUUGUGCGCUCUCCUGGUCUUCUUCUCCGACGGAGCCACCGACCUGUGGCUGGCAGCGGACUAUUAUCUGAGGGGGGACUAUUGGUGGUUUGGGCUUACGUUGGUUUUUGUGGUGGUUCCCUCCGCCGUGGUACAGGUGUUGAGUUUCAGGUGGUUCGUCUACGAUUACUCAGAUAUAAGUGGAAGCUCAAGUGGAGCGGCAGCGGCUGCGGCCGCUGCGGCGUCCGGAGGCGAUUGCAAUUUCAGCACCAAGGGCAGCGAACAGCGGGGCACUGGCAAUGCUACUGGGGCCAGAUCACAGCCUCAGUCGGGCACCGGGAAAUGCUGCAGAGUCUGCAUGUGGCUCUUUCAGUCCAUCGUACACAUUCUACAGAUGGGUCAGGUCUGGAGGUAUAUCCACAUCCUGUACCUGGGCAUGCAGAGCCGUUGGCAUGGCGACAGGGAGCGGCGGAACCUGUACUGGCGGAUGAUGUUUGAGAACGCGGACAUCAACAUGCUGAGACUGCUGGAGGCUUUUCUCAAGAGCGCCCCCCAGCUGGUGCUCCAACUCAGCAUCAUGAUUCAUGGAAACCACAUACUGCCCCUACAGGGCCUCUCUGCCUCUGCGUCUCUGGUAUCUCUAGCCUGGAUGAUUGCAUCCUACCAGAAGGUUCUACGGGACUCGCGCGACGACAAGCUGCCCAUGUCCUACAAAGCUGUGAUUGUACAGAUGCUGUGGCACCUGUUCACCAUUGGGGCACGAACCAUUGCCUUCGCCCUUUUCGCCUCCGUCUUCCAGCUCUACUUCGGCAUCUUUAUCGUGGCCCACUGGUGUGCCAUGACCUUCUGGAUCAUCCAGGGGGAGACGGACUUCUGCAUGUCCAAAUGGGAGGAGAUCAUCUACAACAUGGUGGUGGGCAUCAUUUACAUCUUCUGCUGGUUCAACGUUAAGGAGGGUCGUGCCCGUUUCAGACUGGGCAUCUACUAUUUGGUGACUCUGGUGGAAAAUGCUGCACUCACCGCGGCCUGGUACCUCCACCGUGGCCCGCACACGACUGACUUCUACGCACUCAUUGUCGUGUGUGUGGUGGUGUGCAGCUAUGCCCUGGGCACCUUCUUCAUGUGCAUUUAUUACUGCCUGCUCCACCCGGACGGGCCUGUGCUAGGGGCCCAAUGGAGCUGUGUGGAGGAGGGGAUGGGGGUGAUAGGGCUGGGGCCAGGGGAUCUCGGGACGCCCCUUCCCCAGCCAGACGUUGUCACAAGCCCCCCCAGGACCCUACAGAGGACUACGGGUGGGGAACGUGAACCAGGGGCGGGGGACAGGGAUAGCUGCCUGCCCGUGUUUCAGGUGCGGCCCCCAAGUGCACCUCCAGCCCCGUCUCCCCGUACUCCCAGGACUGAGGGGCCAGUCAUACGCAUCGAUCUGCCAAGGAAGAGGUACCCAGCUUGGGACGCUCACUUCAUUGACCGCAGGCUGCGAAAAACUAUCUUGGUGCUAGAGAACACAUCUCCUGUUACGCCUCGAAUCCAAUACCGCAGCCUCAGCAAUCCAAAAGAGGUGAUGGAGUAUGAAACCACGGUGUAG